AUGGGAAUCCUAAGCGGAAUCGACAACUAUCUCUCCGCUUAUGGCGUGGCGAAAUUACCCGUCUUCACAUCAGCACUUCUCAUUGCCUCUCAACUUGCUUUCACGGCCGGCUUUGCUUUCCUUCUUGUGAAACAAAAGUUCUCUGCAUACUCCAUCAAUUCCAUUUAUCUUCUGACACUUGGUGCGGUUGUAUUGGCUCUCCACGCAAAAAGUGACAGGCCGAAAGGGGAGUCGAAAAAGGAGUAUAUUUUAGGGUUUGUCUUGACACUUGGAGCUGCAGCUUUGUAUGGACUUAUUUUACCUUUGUUUGAGUUGUUGUACAAAAAGGCAAAGCAAACAAUCACUUACACACUUGUGUUGGAGAUUCAAGCUGUGUAUUGCUUUUUUGCUACUGUGGUUUGCACAAUUGGGAUGAUAAUAAACAAAGACUUUCAG